AUGAAUUUGAGCCGCUCAGCGUUUGGAGAUUACAGACCCAACCUCGACGCGCUUAACGAUCCGCGGCCGGAGACCCCUUUGCAUUCCAGCAAAUCUCCUUUAACCGAUGCAGAUCGAGACGCACUAGAGACGAUGAUGGGUCUGCUCAGUCCGAGCGUACCGGAUACGCCGGCAGUGGCGGUGGCGGCGGCGGGUGAAAGCAGUGGCGGCGGAAGAGGCGGUAGUCACGGUGACAGCGGCGCCGGCGGUGGCGGUGGCGGCGGCGAUGAGGGCGGCGGUAGCGAGGCAGCGGUGUCGGGAGCAGGGGGUGGACGGGCCGUGCACUACACCAAAGCGGAGUCCCUUGCUGUUGCACGGGCGUGGGAUGCCGUCACAUCGGACCCAUAG